AUGCCACCCGUAACGCACUUUGCAUUGAAGGAGAAGUAUGAGUAUCACGAUGGGUUGGGAAACCAUCACCGGUCUGAAGCCGUCCCUGGUGCUGUCCCGGUGGUCAAUAACCACCCACAAAUCCCCCCUUUAGGGCUCCGCACCGAGAAAAUCUCUGGGACAUCCUUCGUAGGUCCACGGGCCCACAACUUAUUCACAUAUCUGUACCGCAUUGAGUCUUCCUACCAACACACAGAGUUCACCGAAUGGAACCACGAUCUUGAAUUUGCCAAUCCGGCCCCGGCGAAACAUCUCAACCCGAAUUCAACCUCGUGGCGCACCUACCCGUUUCCGGAGAAAGGAGACUGGAUGAACCAGCGCCUAUUGGCGAGUAAUGGCAAUGCGCAGCAGAAGACCGGCAUCGCUGUCUGGGUGUUCAACGCACACAAAGAUAUGGCUCCGCAAACGGCUUUCACCAGCCUGGAUGGCGAGGCUCUCAUCGUCCCACAGUUCGGGUCGCUGGACAUCACGACGGAACUGGGCAAGCUACUGGUGAGGCCGAACGAGAUAGCCGUGAUUCCACGCGGGAUGAGAUACCGCGUGACACUGCCAGAGGGGAAGCCGUGUCGCGGGCACAUCUGCGAGCUCUACCAGGGCCAUUACCGGCUCCCCGAGCUCGGCAUCAUUGGGACGACCGGCCUAGCCAACUCCUACGAUUUUCAGGUACCGACGGCCUCCUUCGAAGGCCAGCUGGAACGGGCGACGAACGGCGACCAGAUCCCCGUCGCUAACAACGGGGCGAACAAAUGGACCAUCAUCUCGCGCCUGGACACCAAGCUGUGGACCUGCUCUCAGGUCACAACGCCCUUCAACGUUGUCGGCUGGCAAGGCACACUCUACCCUUACAAGUAUGACCUCGCUCGCUUCGAUACGAUAGGCAACCUUCGUUACGGCCAUGUCGACCCUUCGGUUUACGUUCUCUUGACAGCUCCUGCGUUCGGGAAGGCGCCCGGCACUGCCGUCGUUGACUUUAUCGGGGUCCCCCCCCGCUGGCAGGCGGCCGACGACACGUUUGGGAUGGCCUGGUUCCACCGCAACACGAUGCAGGAGUUCGGGUUCCCCGUCAUCAACGAUCAGCGUGCCGACACCCCGUUGAACAACCCCGACACUGAUUUUAGCCCCUUCGGAGGCUACCUCAAUGGGGCGAUGGCAACGCAUGGUCCUGACGAGCCGCAGUUUCAGGCGAUGAGGGCCAAGGAUACACGCACGCCGAGCAGGUAUGGGAACGAAAAAAUCACCAUUUGUGCAAUCGAGACCGAAUGCCCCCUUUAUCUGACUGAUUGGGCUCACAAAUCUGCUGAGAGGAAUCUGAAGGCGGUGAUUGAGGAGUACUUCCGGGGAAAGCAACUUCAGCGCAAUCCAGCGGAUUCCAAGUAG